AUGGAACAGCAGCAAAUACCCCUCAGCCACGAGGCAUCGGCUGGCAACACCAACAUGCGCGUGACGGCCUCACUCCCGCAAGAAGUUGUCCAAUGCCUAGAGAAUGCCCGUUUUCUUCACCUGGCCACUUGUUCCGACAACAUCCCCAACGUCUCCCUCAUGAACUACACCUACCUCCCGUCCUCGCCCCACUCCCGCUCCCCGAUCAUCAUCAUGACCACCAACCCGGCAAGCAAAAAGAUGAACAACCUCGCGAGCAACCCCAACGUCUCUCUACUCGUCCACGACUGGGUAUCGCACCGGCCAACCCCCACCGCCCAAGCGCGGCGCCUCUCCGACGGCGCCAGCGCAUCGCGGUCACCCAACCGCGAGCCCACCUCCUCCCUCGCCGCCCUCCUCUUCAACCUCAACACCUCGGCCGUGUCCUCCAUCAGCGCCACCAUCAACGGCAGCGCCCGGCUCGUCGAACGCGGGUCCGAAGAGGAGAAGUACUACCGCGAGGUGCACCUGGAGAACAACACGUUCGACAACGCGGCCGAGACGGCGGGCCUGUUUGGCGCGGUCGCGGAUGGGGCGGAGGGAGCGGGGAAUAAUAAUGGUGGGGCGAAUCGGUAUGCGGCGGGCGGGGAGGACGUGAGGGUGAUUGUGGUCGGGAUACGGGACGUGCGGAUCGCGGAUUGGAAGGGGGCAGUUACGGAUUGGGUGAUUGGGGAGCCGGGGGAGGAACCGGUGAUAAAUGGGGUGUGA